AUGAACAAGGAGCGCGCGGCGCAGCACGAGGAGCGCAUCCUCCAGCAGCGGCGGCACCAGCUCCGCGAGCACGCGAUCGACGACCAGAUGGAGUGCGACCGCCGGGCCGCGCUCGAGACGGAGCACGAGAAGGCGGGCAGCAAGAAGGAGGUGCUGCUCAAGCAGAAGGCGGCGCUCCAGGAGCAGAUGGCCGACCGCCUCAAGCUCGCCGAGGAGGCGCGCCUCGAGGCCGAGCGCGACCGCGAAUUGGUGGAGGCCGUCGUCCGGAAGAUCAUCGCCGAGGACACGCGGGAGCUCGACGAGCGGUCGAAGCGCAAGGACGAGUGCCGCGCCCUCAUCAAGCAGUACGAGGCCCAGCGGCGCCGCGAGCUCGUCGACGCCAAGGAGCGCGCGGCGUUCGAGGACGCGCAGAUCCAGCAGCACGCGGACGCGCUCGCCGCGCGCGAGUCCGAGCUCUUCCGCCUCAAGGCCGAGAAGAAGGCGCGGGACAAGGCCGCCUUCGAGCGCAUCGUCGCCGAGACGGAGAAGCACCGCGCCGAGGAGGAGGAGCUCCAGGCGCUCCGGGACUUGCUGUGGGAGGAGGAGAUGGAGGCGCAGCGGCGCAAGGAGGAGCAGGACCGCGAGGCCAAGCGCCAGCAGAACAAGCGCGACAUGGCUUUGGCCAACGAGGAGAUGCUCGUCGCCAAGCAGAAGCAGCGCGAGGUCGAGCGCAAGGAGGAGCAGCGCCUCGUCGAGACGAUGCGGCACAAGUUCGCCGAGGACGAGCGCAACGAGCGCCUCAUCGCGGACCGCCGCGCCGCGGACAAGGCCAAGUACAUCGAGGCCGUCAAGCUGCAGAAGAUCGAGCGCCAGGAGGUCUACGAGCGCGCCAAGGCCGCGGAGAUGGAGGAGAACGGCAACGCGCUCAAAUCCGAGGAGUACCGCCUCCGCGUCGUCCAGGAGGCCCGACGACGGCUGUUGUUGGAGCACGCCGACGAGCUCCAGGGCUUCCUCCCCAAGGGCACCAUCCAGCCCGAGGACGACUUCUUCUUCGCCAAGACGCAGGCCGCGCCUCUCGCCAAGCCUAUAAGCUCGAUGCCGCCAGCGUCGACGCUCCUCCUCCUCGCGUGCACGGCGAACGCCCUCCACGUCCUCCUGCUCGCCCCGAGCCCGGACCAGGCGGCCCACAGCCUGCGCAGCCUGGAGUACGCGACGACGCGCCUCGACGUCACGAUCGUCGCCCCGCGCGCCGACGUGGCGCGCGUCGAGGCCGCGGCGGCGGCGUCGCUGGGCCGCGCGGCCGUCGUCGCGGCAGAAAAUGCGGACGUCGCCGCGCUCGUCGCCGCGCACCGCGCGCGCGACGCGGACGCGGCCUUCGCGGUCGUCGACGGCGACGCGGGCGGCCCCGUGCGCCGCGUCGCGGCGCGCGCCUGGGCCGCGGCGCUCGGCGAGCUCGAGGGCGGCGCCUGCGGCGUGGCGCUGCCCGACGCCGGCGACCGCUUCGGGUCCCCCGCGCGGUCGCUGGGCGGCGUCGCCGCGGGCGGCGCCGCGGCCGCGGCCGUCGCGGCGGGCGGCGCGACCCUCGAGACUUUCGCCGCGCGGCUGGAGGCGCACUGCGCCGGCCGUCCCUUCCACGUGGCGCCCGACCCCGACGCGGCCGUCGCCGUCCGCGCCGGCGCGGGCCCCGCGGCGCCGUCCAGGCGGAGGCUCGCGGACGCGCACAACAAGCCGACGAACCCGGCCCUCGUCGACACCUACUACGAGGACCCCCUCAAGGACGUGCGGUCCACGGCGCGCGCGUCCCUCGCGCUCACGCUCGGCUUCGCGGGCACGGGCGAAAACGUCGAGGCCUACAACGGGGCCGACGUCUCGCGCGCCGAGGCCUUCUGCCUCCUCGCCGCGACGCCCCACGUCGCCUUCGUCGGCGACAGCGUGACGCGCUUCCACUACUUCAUCUUCAACGAGUGGCUCGCCACGGGCCGCGUCGACACGCGCCUCAAGAAGCUCGAGGACUCCAAGUGGGCCGACGGCGAGGGCUCCGCGCACUACGACGAGGCGAGCCGCUGGUACGACCCCGACUGGUCCGAGUCGAGCACGCACCGCCAGCACUUCAUCAAGACCCACCCCGUGCCCGACGACGCCCGCGCGCUCUGCGGCGACGACCUCGUCGACGACGCGAUCACGACGCAGUUCUGGUUCAUGCUCGACUGGAAGACCAUCGAGCCCUUCGCCAGGCCCCUCUUCGAGGACACGGUGGCGCCCUGGGCCGACCUCGUCCUCGCGAACGUCGGCUGGUGGGAGCUCAAGGACUGCCCCUGCGGCGACGCCUACGGCUUCGGCGACCCCGCGGGCUGCCAGAGCAACUUGGCCCAGACGCUCGACGACUACGCGACCCUGCUCCUCGACCGGGUGCCCGCGGCCUACCUGCGGACGUCGCCCUGCUGCGGCGAGUACACGACGGAGACGUGCGUCGACGACGACGAGGACCGCGACAGUCGGCGCGUCGAAGCCGUCAAGGGCGUCGACCACUACAACUUCCUCGCGGGAAAAUUCGUCAGCAAGAAAAGCGGCCCGCCGUUACCCCUCCUCGACGUCCACGGCUUCUCGAACCAGUGGAACGUCUACGCGCGCACGCAGGACGGGCGGCACCCCGUGGCCCCGCUCUACCACAUCUGGACGCAGCUCCUGCUGAGCGCGCUCGCCGUCGACGGCCGCGUCUUCCCCGCGCGCGCCGACGGCACGCGCAGGAGCGACGCCUACAAGGCCGGCGCGACGCGCGCGCCCGCGCCGCGGCCGACCUCCGCGCCACCGACGUCCUUCGCGCCGACGUCCGCGCACUGCGCCGACGGCGCUCGAAACGCGGGCGAGACCGACGUCGACUGCGGCGGCACCUGCGCCCCCUGCGCCGUCGGGGCGACCUGCGACGUCGCCGGCGACUGCGCGACGGGGACCUGCGCGGCGGGCGACGGCCCGGGGGACCUCCGCGAGGCGAAGCGCUGCGCCGCCGCGCCGACGCCGCGCCCGACGCCGCGGCCGACGCCGCGGCCGACGGACGGCGCGGCGGCCGACGGCGCGGCGGGCGGCGCGGCGGCCAAGAGCAAGCCCGCCUUCGUCGACGACGACGGCGCCGGCGGCGUCGGCUACGGCGGCGGCGCGUCCGAGAUACUCGGCGGCCACGGCGUCCGCGAGGCGUUCCCCGGAGGCUGCGCGUCGGACAAGGCCGUCGACGCCCGGGCCUGGCGCGACGCCCUGAAAACCUUCCGGGCGGGCCUCGGGGCGGCCUUUGCGGGGGGGCGGGGCGUCUGCGUGCUCGCGCCGGGCGCGCGGCUCAUCGCGCUCCUGGCGCUCGCGUUCGUCGGCGCGGCCGCGCGCGUCGUCGCGGUGCCCCGCCUCGCGGCGCGGCGCGCGCGGGCCGCGACGGGCGCGCCGCAGACCCCGGAGGUCGAGCUGCCCGAGAUCCGCGGCAAGCGGCGACCCGCGGGCGCGCCGCGCGCGCGCGCGCCGGAGCCGGGCGCCGCGCCGGCGACGGCGGCCGCGCUCGAGCUCGCGGCCUGGGUCUUCGUCGCCGCCUUCUGCGACGCCGUCGCGCCGAGUGCCGUGCUCCCCGCCGGGUCGCGGCUCCUGGGCGAGAACCCGGACCUCUGGUGGUUCGCCAUGGCGCUCCUCGCGGUCGUGUGCUUCGCGCCGCCGAUGGUCAGGAGCAUCCAAAACGACGCGGCGGACCCGGCCCUCUUCUUCAACCGGGCCCAGUGCAACGAGUGGAAGGGCUGGAUGCAGGUCGCCUUCGUCGCCUACCACUACGCCAACGCCCAGGGCGUCUACGUGCCCAUCCGCUGGUUCGUGUCCGCGUACGUCUGGCUCACGGGUUUCGGGAACGCGCGCUACUUCUGGAAGACGUCCGACUUCAGCGGGGCGCGCUUCCUCAAGAUGGUCUGGCGCAUCAACUGCUUCGCCGCGCCCCUGUCGCUGGCGACGGGCACGCACUGGAUCGCCUACUACGUGGUGGCCCUGCACACGGUGCACUUCGCGCUCUGCUUCGCGGCGUUCGGGUUGGCGAGCGCGUGCCGCCGGUGCCUGCCCGGCGGCGCCGGGCGCGGGCUGGACCUCCUCGGCGCGCUGCCGGCGCUCGUGCUCUACGCGGCCGUCGCCGCGGCCGUCUGGGAGUUCGGCGGCUACGAUUUGGCGCUCCGGCCCGCGCUCUCUUCGGCGUUCGGCGCGCCCUUCGAGACCUACUUCUGGUACCGCACGCGCAUGGACUACCUGAGCUCCUUCUUCGGCGCGGUUUUUGCGGCGGCGCUCCCGUCCGUGGUCGCCGUGUGGGUCGUCGGGGAUCGCUCGAAGACCGCGAAGGGCGCCGCGGCCGCCGCCGCGGCCGCGCUCGCGGCCGCGGGCGCGGUCGCCUGGGCGACGCACGCGAAGCCCGCGGCCUACCGCGACGUCCAGCCCUACGUGGGCACGCUCUGGGUGCCGCUCUACGCGCUGCUGCGCAACGCGACGCCCGCGUCGCGGAACUCCGUGUCGAUGCCGCUCGAGUGGGUCGGCGCGCGGUCGCUCGAGCUCUACCUCCUCCAGUUCCACCUGCUCAUGAACCGGAGCGCCGGCGGCGUGCUCUGGCUCCUUCCCGACGAGGACUGGCCCCUCUGCAACCUCGCGCUCGCCGCGACUUUAUGGCUCGUCGCGGCGCACCGCGUCUUCGUCCGCACGGCGGAGCUCCGCGACGCGGCCGAGGCGCGGCCCGCGCCGACGGCGGCGCUCCUCGCCGCGGCGGCGGCGGUCUACGGCGCCAUGCGCGCGCUCGCGUGCGCCGGCGGCGCCGUCGCGCUCGGCGCCGCCGCCGUCGCGGCCUUCGGCGGCUACGUCGCCGCGGACGUGCUCUCGCGCUGCGAGCCGCCGCCGCCGCCGGCCUACGCGGCCGUCGCCGUCACGGAGGCCGACGACGGCGACGGCGAGGCGCCGGGCUCGCCGGGCCCGCCGGCGCGGGAGAUGGGCAGGCUGAGGAGCGGCCGCGGCGGCGCGGACGUCGACGGCGGGAACGGCAUGCCGAAGUGGUGGACCCGCAGGUCGUAG